CCCUUCCUUCCCUUACCUUCCCUUACCUGACCUGACCUUGCCUAGGCCUAGGCCGUUGAAGAGGUAGGCUACUCAAAACCCUCACUCACUAUUUCUUCUUGCCUUCCGUCGUCUUAAAAAUUCCCGCUUCUCUUUUUUCCCACCAUUACUUCUUUUCACCUUCCACUGCUCUUCUCUACCCUUCCUCUCUGUCUCACCCUGGCUCCUGUCCUCCUCUUUGUUCUUGUUCUGCUUUGUUUAGCAGCUACGACAAAGAUUGCUCGCUCCCCUCAUCUUUUGUCGUUGGUAUAGCUGCACGGGCUUCAGAGCCCAUCAACGCCUAUAGGCGUUUGUUCUAUAGCGAGCGCUGCCACUGGGAAGGGCGAGAGAGAAUAUUGCGUCCAACUUGCAGUGCACGAGGAGCUGGGCUGUUGAAUUCGAAAUUACCUCUAUCCUCUCGUCAUCGUGACCCAGGUUUGCUACAGGUUGCUCCGUACGAGCUCCAGUUCAGUACCUUUCUUCGCGACAAAUAGUGGUCCCUAGAAGCCGACAUCCUUCCGUGACCUGCAUCCGCCUUGUCUUGGCGUUCGGCAUCAUCAUCAGCCAAGAAAGAGUUCACUUACGGCUUUGAGCACCACCUCGGAGUGUCCUCUUUUUAUUCGAGGUUUUUCCUUUUUGCUGUUGCUGUCUUCUUGCUACUUCUUAGCUCGAUAGCUCUACCUCGGAAUAAGCUCUUUGUCGGUAUUGUUCGGGACUUUCAAUCAAUUACAUCGGUCCCACCAAACAACAGAGCGGAACAGAACAGAACCCGCCACUCUUGAGGUACGGGCUUUUUAGCCACUAUCACCACCUCCAAUCCGAUACCUACACUGCAGUACAUACAUUUCAGUCCAAUACGUUUUGCCGCUCACCUUUUGCUUCGCCUCAUCUCCACCCCCCGCCAAGAUCGGUGACCCAAAGACAACUCAGAUAAUCCCCCACUGUCCUGUUUUUGAUCACUCGUCAAUCUUGUUCUGCGCUGCGCUGCGCCAUUUGACCAGAAACUAAAAUCUCGCGCUUCUGCGUUCGGCAUUUCUGUUGUUACCUGGCUUACUGCUGUGCGCUGGCUUCGGUUGCCUGCCAACUGAACCGUUGCUUCUAGACUUAUCCGUUGCGCAACAAACCCUUAUUCGAGUCGUGCUCACUGACGCCCGUUUCUGGUGUCGCACCAAGUCGUCGCAUAUUCUACAGUCACUUUGUUUUCUCGACUCUUCGCCUUAACUACCCUCACCAAUACCCGAGACAGUGACUCUUGUCUCGUAUUCACUUCCAAAAAUGCCCACUGCAUCUGGUUCCCCAAAACCGCCCUCCGCAUCGAGCUCGAAACCAUCCUCGGUUAAGUCUCAGGAUGGCGUCAAGAAGUCCCCUGGUCUAGCACCACAGAAUGGUGCAACCACUGAUAAUGGAAACCCUCCCUCAGACACGCAUCUCAAGCCAACAGCCUCAGUAAAGAACCGUCUCACCCGCAUGUUCUCAUCCAAGGAUACGUCAAGAGUUCCGACUCCCGCCCCUUCGACUGUCGAUUUACCUAAUCGCCCGCGGGCUUCUUCCACAAACGGCACCUCUACACCCGCGGCAAAGACUUCGUCCACCGAGAAGGGUAGCGACAAGGCUUCGCACAAACCGACUGACAAGGCCACGACACCAGCCAAACCCGCUACGAAAUCGACCAGUGGCAAGGAACCCUCUCAACGAUUUGUUCUAAAUCCGGAAGCACAAGGUGGCCAUGAGCAUCAUCUAAAAUCUAGUCGACGUCAGGAAAAGCUCUCGGAUAUGUGGAGAGCGAUCAUCGGCAAGAAACAGGAUGCAGCCGCCGAGCACGAUCUAUCGCUCGUUUCAAAUUGGGUGGAUACACUACAGCAAGAAAAAGAAGAAGCUGGCGAUAGAAAAGGUGGACCCAGCGCAACGACAACCCUGGUCGAGAAAUACGGCAAAUGCCAGGAAGUGGUCGGUCGUGGUGCUUUUGGCAUUGUUCGAAUCUCCCACAAGAAGAUUGGUGGCAGCAAUGAAAAGCUCUUUGCUGUCAAGGAGUUCCGACGCCGACCAGAGGAGACAGAGAAGAAGUAUAGCAAGCGACUCACAGCCGAAUUCUGCAUAUCGUCCUCGCUUCGACAUCCCAACGUUAUUCACACACUCGAUUUGCUUAAGGAUGCCAAGGGCGACUACUGCGAAGUCAUGGAAUUCUGCGCUGGAGGAGAUUUGUACACUCUCGUUCUCUCAAGUGGGAAGCUCGAGGUACAAGAAGCCGACUGUUUCUUCAAGCAGAUGAUGCGAGGUGUCGAAUAUCUUCAUGAGAUGGGUGUAGCGCACCGUGAUCUGAAGCCAGAAAACUUGCUCCUGACGACCCGUGGCGCCCUCAAAAUUACGGAUUUUGGCAACGGAGAGUGUUUCCGAAUGGCUUGGGAGACGGACGCGCAUAUGGUAUCUGGCCUGUGUGGUUCUGCUCCCUACAUUGCCCCCGAGGAAUACACGGAUAAGGAGUUCGACGCCAGAGCUGUAGAUGUGUGGGCUUGCGGUGUCAUCUUUAUGGCAAUGCGGACAGGGCGACACCUUUGGCGACUGGCCAAGAAGGAUGAUGAUGAGUUCUACGCCCGUUAUUUAGAGGGUCGCCGUGAUGAGGAGGGCUACGGCCCCAUCGAAUCUCUUCAUCGGGCGCGAUGCCGCAAUGUCAUCUACUCGGUUCUCGACCCCCACCCGACUCGACGCUUGACGGCCGCUCAGGUCCUUAAGUCAGAAUGGGUACGUGAGAUCAAGCUAUGCAAGGCUGGUGAAGAGGGUCUAUGAUGAUGGUGAUGGUGAGGGUGAUGGUCAAUUUGGGGACCUCUGAACUCGAGCGAUUCAAACUCGAUGAGUAAUCGACUCGAGUUGGGCCUCCGGUAACGGUCCAACCACGAAAGGGACUUCUAGAAGGAUGACCAAUAUCGGGAGGCGGAAAUAGCGGGUUGGCGUUGAUGGCUGCGUUUGGCGAAGCAAGCCAUGUCAAGCCACUGAUGAUUCGACAACCCAUCGUUUGGACUAUUUCUUUUGUUAUUUUAAUCGAGCAAUGGUGUUGGGCGCAUUGUAAACAGAAACAUCGUCUUUUUUUAUAUCAUUUUCAAGCGUAUCAUGUCCUGGCAGGGUGGCGGUUCCUUGCAUUUAUGAGAAAGGACAGCAGGGCUUGCUUAUUGCCCAGGGGUCGGGUCGAUGGAAUGGGGAGGCUCAGUCUAUUUACCCUUCAAGACCAUUUUUGUGUUACAGGAGGCUGCAUCUUCAAGACACAGCGCGCCAUGGUAAAGAUAAGGCAGGGCAGGACGGUGCCGGGCAAACACGAAUGGGUAUGAAUCAUGGGAAGAGAGAGGCCUUUGGUAGGCCAAGAGGUCUAAAGCCGAGCAGACAGGAAGUUCAGUUCCAAAGACAUCUGGUUUUGGAUUUGUCUGUCCCCAGAGGCCAAGAAGAAAAGAGGCGUAGAUGAUAUACUCCUGUCGUUGACGCCCAAGAAAUAUCAAGCAAAGCAGAAUAGACAAGAGGUUGUUCUCAUGUCAGCACAAAGAUGCCAAGAGCACAUAUCCAAGAUUUUUUGUCUGUUGGUUCAAUUACUGGCGUCACACAUCGUUGGGAGAGCUUCAGUCCCUGUGACUAGAUUGUGAUGAGAGUGGCAGGUUUCCGCCUCUCAAAGCAUCCUCAGAUUUCAGCACAGUCCUGACUAUCGGCACAAGUAGCCGGUGACAUGAUUCGUCAUGAACUAUUCAGAUCUGUCUGUUCUGACUAUACCCACAAGUGUUGAUAUCGUGAAUCGGAUAGCCUAUCCGGUGUAAUUCGCGGGGGACGUUGCGGGAGCAUGUUCCGAGUCUUGGUACAAACCCCCCAAACCCAAUUACCGUCAUAUUGUCGCUCAGCAGUGACACAGCAUGGUAACCAAAUGUAAUACCUAGCUCACAAUGUAACUGAUAAUGCUGGCUGUACCUCAGAUGGGCAGUCAAAGGCCCAGGCUCGGGACAUGAUAAAUACCUAUAUAUCACCCCAUCAUCAACCCGUACUGAGUUCAAGCUCAUCAUCCUCACACUUUGCUUAUACAUACACUCUCUCAUAAACAUAG